GCGAGGAACGCUCACAUUUUCCACCGACAUUGGAAGACGUCGCUAUCACCCCAUACGUAAACUGGUUUGGUAACCCUUUCCUUUCUCGUCGACGAUUACGACCUUGGACCCUCCACGGUGCCGGCACUACUAGCGCUUGCUCGUUGUGCCCAGCAGGAACGUGAAUGACGAGCAAACCACGUCGUGGUGCGUUCAAGCGAGGGGACUCCGCUACCAGUAGUCCGACUGCCUUUGGACGACUUGAUUUAUGCGGAUCCAACAUCAUCAGGUUGGUUGGCUUUCCGCUGGAUGUCCUCGAGGGACUGCAGCCGGUGCUCAGAGGUGACGAUGGACGCGGAGUUCUCAAUGUGAAGAAGUAUACGAACGAGAAAGGCGAGAAGACUGCAGUGCUGACGCUGCUCGGAAAACCAUGGACGACGGACUGUGGAAAUGUCAGCACGGAUAUCCUUCUGACAGUGAUAUGCGGACAUCUCCACAAGCAUCUAUUUCAACCUACAACUGGUCUUCCACCGCCUAGAACAACCCCCCCAGUUCAUCUCAGCAUUACUUUCAAGCGCCCUGUUCAUCCUCCUUCCGACGCGCCGAGGACUCGUUCUGUCUUCGCCAUUUCCUUUCCAACACCGACUCUUGUCCGGACGGUCAGCAUUCCAGCGGUGGAUGAGCCUCUAAUUUUCACGGAGAUAUUGGGCCUGUGGGGAGGGGAAGUGCGGGACUAUAGAUCUCUUGCUGAUGGGUGUUAUGACAUUCGUCUGAGGCCAAGACGCCUGUUCUCUUCCAACUCUGUUGGGGAUAACCAGACCCCUCUGAGCGCUCUCAUCGAGUAUCUUCAUAGCAAAGGCUUUCCAUUGAUCCAUUCCCUGCACUUUCAUUCCAAGUCACCAUACCCGGACUUCUUUCUCUUUGAUUGUCCCGACGGACCAGUUCGUGAAGAUGCCGAUCCAGCAUAUGUCAACCAUGUACUGACUGCUCAGGAUGGUUAUUAUCCAGAUCUCGUCGUCGAGAAGAAGACGAAAGUUAAAAAAGAACGUGGUCCGCCUACUGUCGAACCGAAGAAAGGAUUAUUUUCAUUUCUCCGCGGCCGACGUUCUUCAAAUCCCAACCCUACCAUCGCCCCCGCUGCUGUUGCAGCGGUUACGGACUUUCACUCUCGUCACUCCUUGGACAGCAGACCGGAUGCGUCCUCUUUCUACGCGAAUGGUGUUGCGGAGUCGUACAUGACACGUCGCGCUUCCGAUCCUGGCACGGUCAAACAGACGACAAAAGCUACCCUCGUCGAAAUGAUUGACAA